AUGCGGAGAAACGGGCGGAAUGUUUUGGUCGAGAACUUGUUCCUCGUAGGGUUCUUGGCUGGAAUCUCCCGGAAGAUAGAAAUGGUUGGCGCGCCACCUCCCAACGCCGCUGCCUCCGCCGCCUCUGCCGUAGCGCCCACGCUCUCGGGCUAUGACAUUGGCCAGAAUUUCACCUCGGCGCUCGCGAUUGGCGCCGCCGCGAUCGUCUGCACGCUCGCAUUGCUCGCCUUCUACUUUUGCAGGUAUGUGUCGCUGGACCGCGGCGGCGGUGGCGGCGACAGCAGUGCCGCCAGCGGCAGCUCGCAAUGGAGCGGCGGCGGCGGCGGCGGAGGAGGAGGAGGAGCGGCGGUGGCGGGGCACUUGGAGAAGAUCCCGGUUGUGGGGGCGGGCGAGGUGGCAGGGCGGAUCAAGGGUGGCGAAUUCUGCGCUGUUUGUCUCACAGACUUCCAGCAGCAGCAGAGCCGCCUGGAUCCUGCCAGUGACAGACUCCGUUUUCUUCCGCACUGCUCCCAUUGUUUCCACUGCGAUUGCGUCGACGAGUGGCUCCAAAAGCAUCUCUUCUGCCCCGUUUGCCGGACGAGCUUGGUCGCCGCUGCCGCCACCGCCGCCGGGAGCAAAUCACAGUCGACUGCCACUGACACAGCAGCAGCAGCACCACCGCCACCACCAGAGCAAUCGGAGCAAUCCGAGCUUCAAAUCGUCAUUGUAGUUGAUCCUGGAGCUCGCACCGAUCGGGAUCGCGAGGUGGAUCGGGAAGAGACCAAGAAAUGACACUGACAAACUUGAUCAA